AUGAUGGUCUAUGCCUAUGUGCUAGAUGGCCUCACGAUCCUCUUAUGUAUCCGGCUCAUGGUGCUCUAUCAAUUCCUCCAGCCGAAUCUGAUCCCCGUCGCGCGGUCCCUGCCCGGCUUUGCGCGCUCGGUGACCAUGUUUCACCUCCUGUGCGCUGCGAACCAGCUCUUCCAGGACACCUCGCCGACCGCCCCCCGGGUGAUACUCGAUUUUGUGGGGCAGGACUAUGCGGUGUCCAAGGUGCACCUGCUCCUGGUCGACGUCGUGAUUUGGUUCUUCCAUAUUGUGCUUAUGACCAUCACUGUGGAAGAGGCCAAGUGCCGGUUGGACGCGACCCGUGUGAAUUCGCUCGACAUUACCCCCGAAGAGCACGCGGUGAUGGAAAGGGAUUCUGCGGGGCCUGUCUACUAUGACCUGUCGGAAGAGGACGUGAACGAGCGGCUGCUUGCCUCGCAGACCUCUUCGCCCGAUGCGGAAGGCCACGAGAGCACGUCGACGCGCCCCGACGACCAGGACCGUGACGAAGAUAUCCUGCCCAGCUCCCGGCUCCCCAUCGCGAUUGUGCGGUGGGAGUCGUUAUGGCAGACGACGAUUGAUUCACCGACCGACUUAAGAUACCCAAGCUAG